ACUCACUGACCCUUUUUUUCCUCUUCUUCAGUGUAUCAACCUUCAAAAUCCAAAGCUCCGCUCCCUAGCUCAGCCGCCCACAGCAGUCAAGAGCGACGACCGGAAAAAGCCCCUUCGAAGCUCGCCGUGCGGAUCGUCCGGCGAAACACCUUCCUCCGAUCUCAUUUCUCGUUUCGUGAAACAAUCAAAUAUGGCAGCUGCAUCUUCGUCUUCGACGGAAUCGCCCAAAACGACGACGGAGAGGAGAGGAAUACCGGGAGCUCAAUUCGUAGAAGAUGUCGAGACUUAUCUCACUCAAACCGGGUUCGAUGUCAACUCCGCCCUCGCUUUUCUCCAAGAAAGGCUUCAGCAGUAUAAAUUGGUUGAGAUGAAACUUCUUGCUCAGCAACGGGAUCUUCAGGCAAAAAUUCCUGAUAUCGAGAAAUGCUUGGAUGUGGUUGCCACUCUAGAAGCUAAGAAGGGUACCGGUGAGGCUCUUAUUGCUGAUUUCGAAGUCUCUGAAGGCAUAUACUCACGAGCUUGCAUUGAGGAUAACGAUUCAGUUUGUUUAUGGCUGGGAGCAAAUGUCAUGUUGGAAUAUUCAUGUGAAGAGGCCACUUUGCUACUGAAAAAGAACUUGGAAAACGCAAAAGCAAGUUUAGAAGUUCUUAUAGCUGAUUUGCAGUUCUUGAGGGAUCAAGUGACUGUAACCCAGGUAACCAUUGCUCGUGUGUAUAAUUGGGAUGUUCAUCAACGAAGAAUUCGUCAAAUUGCUGCUUCUAGCACAUCUAAGGAUUCAUGAACCUAGAAUACCAUUCCAUUACAUAGAUGUGGAGAGUAUGCUCGUAUUCCCUGUUUUUCGUUAUUUCGUUGAACAUUUCAUCCCGGUCAAUAUGGAAUUUCGCUCCAUGGUCUCCCCGUAUCUACACUUUCCUCCAGUCUAGGUUCAAUGAAGUGAGAAAACACAUGCUUAUGUUGCUGGGAGCAGUUUUUGAAAUAUGAUAGUUAAAUAGUAAAACGUUUGGACAUCAUAUGGAACACUUGUUUUCACUGUGAUCGUUAGGGGUGCUUUUUUUUUACCUGUAAUUCCAUCGCCUUUUAUCCAACUUUUUUUAAGUUUAACCGUUUGAUUAUUAUUAUUA